CUCUCUCGUGCAGGAGUGGUUCCUCCCUGAUAAGGUCACGUAACUGAACCUGCGGUACGUGUGGAUACACCCAGAGCUAACGAGCAACAGGCCUUGGUUUUGUCCCCUUUUCUUGUCCGACAUUUUGGUUUACAAGAAAACGCCAGUCUGUUUUAAGACGUCUUCAAAGGAGACAGUCUCUGAGUGGUGAGUGACAAGACAAGCAUCAGAAUCCAAGAUGACGCUCUUAAAGUCCUGUUGCUGCAUCUUCACUGUGAAGCUGGGUUCUAUUAUCACUGGUCUUGUCUUCCUGAUUCUGUGUAUUGUGGACAUCGGUGUGAAGGUUGGGUACCGAGAUGCGUACGGAGGAGUUGCCUGGUCCAGUCUGGUGUUUGAUUUGAUCUUCAUUAUCUUCAACGUGUUUCUCAUCAUAGGGGCGUACAAUGACGUACUGUGGAUGUGUGCUGUGUGGGUAGUGGUGGCGCUUGUCUACCUGCUAAUUCUUCUCAUACAGAACAUCGUGGCGACUGUCACAGGGAACAACAGCAAGUGGCUUGGCGCAGGGAUCGUCCAAGGGGCCAAUGCGGGGACUUGGAUCGUCUUCGUUUUUGUACUGUUUAUCAUGGUGUAUGGCCUGCUGGUGGUCGUCUCGCACUGCCAGAACCUGCGGGAUGAGGAGAACAGGGUGCCGAGAGGAGAGCCACCGGCUGAGACCCAAGCGUAGCGAGGGAAGACGGCAACCUGGGCACUUGGUCAAUGUGGCAUACAUAGUCUUCGUACAUUCAAAAAAGUUCACUGUAUAUCGCAGAUUUAUUAUUCUGUU